AUGGCCUCAACGAACGGCAGCGACUAUACCGAUUAUCGUAGUGUUCAAGAGCCAGGGAUCCCAUAUUUCACGCCCAAGCAGUCAACGCCUGUUGGUGCUGCUCUUCUUGAUAAGAAUGGAUCUCCAGAAAAUGCAAUCAGUCCCGUAUUCCGGCCGCUAACCAUUCGUGGGGUCACCUUCUGCAACAGGAUCUUCGUCUCGCCGAUGUGCAUGUAUAGUUGCUCAAGCGACGGCAUGAUGACUGACUUCCAUUUGGUCAAUGCCGGGCAGUUCGCUCUGCGAGGUGCUGCUCUGGUGACCCUGGAAGCGACCGCUGUGCUGCCAUCGGGUCUCAAUUCUGUGCAAGAUGCCGGCCUAUGGUCUGAUGCACAAAUAGCGCCAGUCAAACGUGUGGUAGACUUCAUACACUCACAGAGCAAGCACGCCGCUAUCCAGAUUCAGCACGCGGGCCGAAAAGCCAGCAUCUGUCCCCCAUGGCUCGGCCUUCGAACAGUACCGGAGCAGUACGGUGGCUUCCCUGAUAGAGUGCUUGCACCGACUGCAGAGUCGUGGAAUGACAAUUACCCUCUACCGAAAGAGAUGACUGCAAACGAGAUAUGGGAAGUGAUAGAAGCAUUUGGACAAGCUGCGAAAAGAGCAGUGGAAGCUGGAUGUCGUAUCGUAGCUGUACACGGUGCUCAUGGAUACCUGAUACACUCCUUCGCAAGUCCUGCGAGUAAUAAGCGUACUGAUGAAUGGGGAGGCAGUUUUGAAAAUCGCAUCAAGUUCGCGGUCGAGAUCAUUCGAAAGAUUCGCCGUAAUGUGCCUCCGGAGACACUACUGUUCUGGAAGAUCUCCGCGGUGGACUGGCUGCCUCCUGGCGAGGGCUGGGAAUUGGAAGACACGCUGCGAUUUGCACCAAUUCUCGCCGCUGAAGGCGUUGACAUGCUAGACGUCUCGAGCGGAGGCACAGAUCGCAGGCAGAAAGUAGAAAUGGGUCCUCAGUAUCAGGUCAAGUUUGCAAAAGCAGUAAAAGAUCUCGGUAUUCCCGGUCUCUACGUAGGUGCAGUGGGCUGGAUCAGAGAUGGCGCUACAGUAGCAGAUAUCAUCGAGAAUGGCAAGGCAGACUUCUGCUCAGUGGCACGCGAGUUCUUGCGAGAUCCGAACUUUGUCCAUCGCGUAGCAAUGGAAGUCGGCACCAAGAUCGCUUGGCCAGAUCAAUAUCAUCGUGCCUCUUGUGAGUAUUUCCCCUGCAUCUGGUUCAUCAGUCGAUUCUCAUUGGCUUCUAGAUGGAGGCAGCUACGUCGAAUCGACGACCAGCAUUUCCACAGGUGCCAAGGCUCAUGUCCAUAUCACGAGAGACAAUACCUUGGACCAGGCAAAGCCACCAUCUGCGAUAGAUAUUAG